GUUACAGCUCCGCACAAAUGCUCGAGCGCCUGCGUAAAAAGAGAGGAUAGCAGCGACAGCACACGUCCUUGCGGAAGACAGUUGGUGGUGCUUUGAUCAGGCAGUGCCAUUUGACAAAUUGCAGGCGAGCAUGCAGAUCCGCAUCGAGUCCCGCAGCGGGCGGGAAGUCGUCAAGGGGGGGCUCGAGCUGCCGGAUGAUGCGACAGUGGCGGACCUGCAGGCGGCCUUUCAUGCAAAAAUCAAGAAGUUCUACCCGUCCCGCCAGCGCCUCACGCUACCCCUCGGGCCCGACCAGAAGAAGGCCACCGUCCUAGAGUCCUCCAAAAAGCUCUCCGACUACUUCUCCAAAACCUCCAAGCCCGUUGUCGUGUUCAAAGACCUAGGCCCCCAGAUCACAUGGACCACUCUCUUUGUCAUGGAAUACCUAGGCCCGCUCCUACUCUACCCGCUGUUCUACCUCUUCCCCCAAGCGCUCUACCCCUGGGCCGUUAACAGCCAGAUUAGCGCUAACCGCCAUGAUUACCAGUUCUACGCGCUGCUAGCCUGGGAGUUCCACUACGCAAAGCGCAUCUUGGAAACGCUUUUCGUGCACCGGUACAGUCACGAUACGGUCGGAUACUACUUCCUGCUCAAGAACUGUACAUACUACUGGGGUUUCGCGCUGGUUAUCAGUUACUUCCUUAACAACCCGUUGUACACCCCGGUUAGUGAGACGCAGAUGCUCGUUGGGUUUGGGAUCUUUGCGGUUGCGCAGCUGUCCAACUUUUACACGCACCUCAUAUUGAGAAACAUCCGGCCACCGGGGAGCAAGGGCUACUUCAUUCCGAAGGGUUUCCUUUUCAACUACGUGACUUGCGCAAACUACACGACGGAGAUUUGGGCUUGGAUUGGGUUCAACAUUGCGACGCAGACGCUUAUGGGCUGGGUGUUCAUUGUGGGCGGAGCAACGCAAAUGACCAUAUGGGCGGUUGGCAAGCACAAGCGGCUGCGACGGACUUUCGACGGCAAGGACGGAACAGUCAAGUAUCCGAGGCGGUGGGUCAUUUUCCCUCCAUUUUUCUAGGGUAUACGGAAGAAGAGUCGGCAUGUAGAAGCGUUGAGACUUUGGGGAUGGACUAUGUAGAAAGACUUGAUGAAAGGACUCUACAGAGAAGGCCGUCAACUGUAACUGCCAUUGACUGUUUGUGGAGUCAACGCAAGACCCUUUUGCCCUGCAACGCUGUGGCCCAUCUUCAGUACCAUUGUUGGGCGUUGCGAGAGCGCUUGGCUAAUUUGCCAGCUAGCGGCUUAGCCUGGUGUCGAAGUGUCAAGUGCCUCGGUGCACCUUACUCGCCAGUCUGUAUAGAUCCAAAUACUUGAAAGUCACUUAUAUGAGCAUACAUUCUGUAACGUGGGAAUCUGCUUGAAGGGGAUUCAAUAGACGUGUCUCUUUCAGCACAAGCC